UGGAUUCUCCUUGGUGCUGCAUCCGAAGUUGGAGAAUCAAGAAUGGUGGAAAAGGCGAAGGGUAGGAAGGAGGAGGUGGUUACCAGAGAGUACACUAUCAAUCUCCACAAGCGCUUGCAUUCAUGCACAUUCAAGAAGAAGGCCCCGAAAGCCAUUAAGGAGAUAAGGAAGUUUGCUCAGAAAGCCAUGGGGACCAAUGAUGUGAGAGUGGAUGUGAAGUUGAACAAGUUUGUGUGGAGUCAAGGUAUCCGAAGCGUCCCACGGAGGAUCAGGGUACGCAUUGCUCGCAAGAGGAACGACAACGAAGAUGCAAAGGAAGAGCUCUACUCUCUCGUCACUGUUGUUGAAAUCCCCAAGGAAGAGAUCAAUGGUUUAGGCACAAAGGUUAUUGAGGAUGAGGAUUGAUUGACCAUGUUUCUGCUUGGAACCCAGAGUUUUUGCAAUCAAAUUUUUCCGUUAGGACAUUGUCAAAUUACUUAUGGUUUUGUUGAGACAAUGUGGUUUCAUGACAUUGAGUAUUCUGCUAUAACUGUAGUUCUUGUUACUUGAUAGGAAGGUAGAUAAAGCAUCAAUGACUCCAAACCCAAGUUUAUAAUACUAUGCCAUUGAAGAAAUAUUAAACCAAAUAUAAGAUUGAUAGUGAGAAUCAACAAAGAAUUAAAUAGCAAGUAUUUCCUUCUUUCA